GAAUUAACCGCCAUUUACAGUUAAACAUGCACAUAAAUGCAUUUAAACGAGUCGUAUCAUUAAGGACAGCCACCAUUUUAUAACGCCUGAGCGAUGCGAUAUUUUUCCCCACACUGGCUUCAGGAAAAACGAUCGUGUCAAUUUGACAUCGAUCCCACGUGACGCAGUGAUUUUAAUGAGCAGUCCGCGGACUAGAGAUGCAGUCCGCGAGGGAGGUAGCUAUCAAAUCAGUUUGCACGGAUACACACACAAUACAAGUUCAUUGACACGCCACGGCCGCAUUUUCUCCUUUCAAAGACGAUUUGUCUCCACAGUUAUGAUCAUCAUCCUAAUAACACGGAAGUAAAGCCGGUUGCAAAUCGGAUAUUAUGAACAAAACGAAGCAGAAAGCAAGGUGACUAAAGGAUAAAAAAUGCCGCUUCUACGCAACGCCGACAUACCCACAACAAAAGUCACGGACUCCAUAGCGACACGAUACUCAGUCGCCGUUAUUGGUUCGUGGGCCGCCGAGACAGCUACUUACCCGUUCGACUUAACAAAAACACGGCUUCAAAUACAAUCUGAAGUGGCGGCUGCUAAACAUGGAUAUAAGUUGGAAAAUCAUGGGAUGAUAAAAACAGCAGUUAGUAUCGCAAAGAAUGAGGGAGUCCUUAAACUGUGGACCGGUCUGAUGCCGAUGUUCCAACGUCACGCAAUAUACUCAGGCUCCAGGAUUAUUAUCUACGAGAAAUUCCGCAAUUGUUUCAAAGAUGAAAACGGGAAGGUGUCCUUGGGCGUGGCUUCUUUAGGGGGGCUGGUUGCUGGGUCCUUGGCGCAGCUGAUCGCAUCGCCGACGGACUUGGUGAAAGUACAGAUGCAGGCUGAAGGUCGGAGGCUAAUCCAGGGCAAGCCGCCACGGUUUGCAAACUGCCGACAGGCGUACGCGAUGCUCUAUGCGGAAUCCGGGAUCUUGGGCUUUUGGAGAGGAGCGGUGCCAAAUGUACAACGGGCGGCCUUGGUGAAUAUGGGAGACUUAGCGACGUACGACUACACUAAACAAUUCCUGAUGAGGGAAUUCGGGAUGGCUGAUAACGCUCUGCUGCAUGCCGCCGCCGCGUUCACAGCUGGCUUCGUAGCUGCUGUCCUCGGGAUGCCAGCGGAUGUACUCAAAACAAGACUCAUGAACCAGCCUGUGGGUCCAGACGGAAGAGGAACGCUAUAUCGUGGAAUGAUCGAUUGUCUGCAACAAUCUGUGAAGAACGAAGGCAUCUUUUCACUUUACAAAGGUUUCAUACCACUGUGGAUGCGGUUGGGUCCCUGGGCACUUAUCAACUGGAUAGUAUUUGAGAACAUCAUGUUAUCUAUAGGUGGACAGACGUUUUAGGUGAAAUUCUAUUCAUAAAUAACGUUUUUAUAACCUUUUCCAGAGUGGCGAUUGGCCUUUAUGAAAUUUUACAUCUGUCAGUAUACAAAUGCCGAACGUUUAAAUUAAUUAUUUAUAAGGCGUUGAAUAGCAUGUAUUGGUGAAAACAGUCAAUGUAAGGUUUUUUUUUGUGUAUGAUAAUGAAAUGGUGCACCCACCUGCGCUAACGGUUUACGCUGGCGGGGCACCAGUGGAGGAUGAUAAGAUGAGCAUGAGGUCAGGUCAGUUAGCCCAUCGUGACAAAUUCACCAAGAAUUCAUCACGAUGGUUUCCAGGGAGAACCACGUGGAGGUCGACCUAACAUGGUACAUUGCUAGCAAUGGGAGUUACUAGUUCCCAUUGCUAACAAUCCCCUUCCCCCCAGUCAAUGUAGGGUUUUUUUAGGGAUGAUAAUGGAGUGGUUCACCCGCUUGCGCUAACGGUUUGUAAAGAGCAUUCUUAGAACGAGAAUUGAUCUGAGUGUGUAAUAGUAGGAUUUGUGUUUACAGCUUGUAGACAAGGAGAGGCUUGAACCGUAAUCUUGUUUAAUAAAUGAAUGGUACAUGAUAAAAUCGAUCCGAAUAAUCCCAUACCAACAUAUAUAUAUAAUUGUUUUAAAAUGUCUCAACAUUUCACAAAUAGUGGGUAAGGAGAGCACGAAGUUUUUAUACCUAUUUUAUUUAAUUUUUGUACCAUUAUAAUGGAAUUUUUACAAAAUAUACACACAGACAUGAUAUUAUAAUAUAUUUAGACGUUGCAACUGCAAUUAAGUACUUUGGUUGUCAAUACUUGUUAGUAAAUAUACACAGCACUUGACUCAGAUUUAAUAUAUGUUAAAAAAUGUUUACUGGACAUUUUAGUGAUAGAGGGAGUUUACUGUUUUAAAACAUUUUCUGUAACACCAUGACGAGUGGAAGAUGGAGAGUUUAGCAUUAUCUGCUGUCAUAAAUUGAGGUAAAUGCUUUCUCUAUCUCUAUUUAUAUUCCUCUAGUAAUCAUAUUAUUAUAGGGACUAAUUUAUGUAGAUAACUUAUUCACUAUAAUUAUAAUUUUAAAUGAUCCGAGGUGAUAUUUAUUUAUACUUUUAUGGCGAAAUACUAGCAAACAAUUAACUAAUAAGAAUUUACGUUUUUAAAUGUUUUUAUUUUUUAGUAAAUCAUUACACUGCAAGUCUCAAUUGACUACGAUAAGUUAUAUAUUAAAAAAAAUUGUAGUGUGUGUGCUUUGCAAUAGGGAUUACUUUUUCUAUGAAAUAUCAUAUAAUGUGAUGACAUCGAUGCAGUGCCUAUAUUCCAAUAAGUUACUGUAUAAAGUUUGAUAAAUUAUCUUAAUUUUGUAUUUCUUUUCACAUUCGCUAGCUGUUCUAACAAUUUAGAAUAAGUAUAUCCUUUUAUAUGCAAGUACGAUAAUUUUUAUAUUUUUACAUUUUCCUGCUGUUUGUAAAACACUACUACACAUCACAGUACAUACUUAUUAUCUCUUUUAAUAUGCUAAUUAGGUCUAAACAUAGGUAAUCUUAGCAGAAUGCCCCAAAAAUACCAAUUUGCAUUAAGAUAUACUUACAAAAUGGUAGUAGUCAGUAGAAAAGACACAAAAAAAACUGUGAUUUGUUCCUCGUAAUUAUAAUAUAGAUGUUAAUAUUUUUUCUGUACAGUUGUUGUUACAAAUAUUAGAUACAUAGAUUGAAAUGUAUAUUGUUGCUGUGUAUUUUUUAGAUUUAUAAUACCCUGUUUAUAGUUGUAUUAUAAAAUUAUGUGAGAAAUGUGAUGUU